AGCAGGCAGGUUUGCAGCAGAGUGCAGGGUGGAUUUUACAGUGUUGGAGGGAGCUUGGAGGAAAGAGUAGGAAGACACUUGUGUAGACUCUGUUCAGGAAAUGAUAAAUACUUCUGGUUGGGUUCUUGUUUCAGUAAAGCCAUUCAAAAGAAACAAUACAAGCAGUAAUGAUUAAGCAAGAAAAAAACACAUUCCUUAUAAUUACAGCCCACAGUGCAACACCAGCCGUUAGCAAACACAUCAUUUUCUUCACUGCAGUGUUAACGAGUCCAAAGCACAACCUGGACAUUGCCUCCGAUCUGACUCCCAUGUGCCCAGGUUUCAAGCUAAAUGAGUUUAUGUUCCUGCUAAUUGGCUCAGGGCAGAUGUGGAAGCGAUGCACAGGCUGCGGCGAUGCUUCGCUCCCCGGGGAGCUGACUCAAGCGUGCUUGGCUUGGGCUUAGCCCCAUAACGAAGAGCAGCUCCGCUCAGCGAUGCGUGGAGCUGCAAAGAGUGCUGCCAGUGGGUUAACGUGCUGAGCCCUGGCAGCUUUCAGUGCCUACAGAGAUGCCGAAGAACAUGUGGGGAGGACAUGUAUCGGUGAUUAUUGGUGGCAGCAAAGUUGUGUCCCUGGUUGUCAUAGGACAGCCCAGCACAGGGACUGAUCUGUUGAUGCUUUCAGGUUUUUAAAGUGCUGUAGGGUCUGAGAUCUCACAUCUCUAAUCAUUUUUAUGUCAGAGCUGCGGUGUGUGAAUGUCAUUCUUGUGGUUUCUUAACACAGGCUUAGUUCAGAGUCUCAGAGAAGUUUAUAGCCAAGCUGCAUAUUUUAAGACCAGAGGAAAUAAUCAGAUCUCCAAGUUUCUUCCACAGCACAGAUGCUGUACAUAUGCGUUGAUGGUACCUUGUGUUGGACUGUCUCCACAAGAGAUAUUGCCACUUUCCUUGUUAGCUUGUUCCUGUGGUUAGUCACCUACAGUGUUAAAAGCAUGGUCCUUAUUUUUCAGUUGAAUUUGUCUGGCUUUGACUCACAAAUGUUGGUUCCCAUUAUGUGUUUCUGUUCUAGAUUAAAGAGUCCCUGGUGCCUGAUGGAUUAUUUCCUUAAAGGACCAGGAAAUCAAGUCAUUGCUUUAUCUUUUUAACCUGACAAACAAACUGAAUUGUACAACUCUUUCACUGGAAAAAUCUCUCUAUCCCUUAGAAUGGUUUUGCAGCUGUUCUCUUCGUCAUCUUCAGAUUUUGAAGCAACUUUAAUAGAGGUGUUUGGACUAGAAAUGGGAAAAUAUCAGCCUUCAGUCUCCAUAGAAAAGAUGCGUGGCCUUGCCUACACCUUUCCCAUACACCUCGUUACCCCUUUCCUGUACAAAACAGGCCUGGCACCGUGUGAAUUGCUGACGAGUUCCUUCCACUUCCUAACAUCUUUGCUGAGUUUGUGCCCUGAAGUGUUUAGGUGGCCCUACAUGCGGGAGAGCCUGGACUUCUUGGGAAGGGCUCCAGGCAGCGCGCUCUCUGCUUCUGGCGUGUGGUGGCAAUCAUGCUUUCCUGGUGGUGGAAGGAGAGGGGAGCUGCUGACCGUGCGGUGGUUUAAUGAUGGCCAGGUUUGGCCCAGAGAGGAGAAGCUGUGUGUGACCUCAUGCACACAAACCCCAUGCAAAGCCUCAACAGAGCCUUCAGAUCAUUUUCACUCCAGACAGCCAAGCUCUUCUUUUUUUGUGAGCUAAUGCAUAAUAGCUCAGCUCCAGGCCUGACAGCCUUAUCCAGCUGUUGCUUAGGCAGGGCUGAGGGGAGGGUGGGUGUCAUGGAGGGACAUCUUUCUGCGGUCAGGAGGGACGUCUUCUGAUGUAGGGCCAAGUUUUAACCCAGCAAAGCCUCAGAGCAAUGCAUGUGUUGGGAUGAGGGAAAGGCUGGGUACCCGCUGUGGUGACUUGUCACCAGAGGAGUUACUCCUGGGACACCCUGCCCUGCAGAGCCCACGUGAGUAGUGGCAGCCCUUCAGCAGCUAUGGGGCCAGGAAGCUUUUUGUGGAAGAGCUGGAGGCAUGCAUGGGGGCUGCUGGAAGUGAAAUGGAGAACUAAUUGCUCCUUGCCAGGGGUGCAGCUCGGUGGGGGUCACCCAUGGGGGCCAUCCAGAGCAGACAUUUGUGCCCCCAGAGGAUCUGGGAUCAAAGGGAGCUCUGCCCGCCUGGUAACACUCUCACAGCCAGUUCCCCUGUGGCAGUUUUACAUUUUCCCUGUGGGAACAGCACUCUGAAUUUCUUGAGCUUGUUUGGGCGUAAAAUCUGAAUUAGGCACUGAGGGUAAGUUUGGAGACUUGGAGUCUGUUCCUGGCUCAGUCACUGUGACGUCCUUGGGUGAGCUCAGAUCUCAUUGCUAGAGGAGACCUCACUUUCCAUGUGUAUUAAAUUUGGGUCAUCUGUGAAACGAGCUUACCAAGCCCCGUUAAGCUUAUUGCAAAUUAUGCACAAGUGUCUGUUGGCUGACUGUGCUGUUGGCCGUGCUUGCACAGGGGCUGCGUUAGGCACACGCAGCUGGGAGCAAGCCCAGUGCCAGCGAGCGGUGCCGUGUGGCCAGUGCUCACCAGUGCCCAGGACACAGCCAGCUGUCCCCCUGUGUCCCUGGAAGGGCCUGCACUGGGAUGUUCCUCUCCCCCAGGAGGCACCAGCUCUGUGUUGUGGCCAGGAGCAGCAUGGGGAAGGUUUGGGGUGUCCUACUGCAGCAUGCCCCACCGUAGGGUGACGAAGGGCCUGACACAAGAGGAGAGCUGGCAAGGAGCUGGGGCAGAGCCAAGCAUCCUUCCCGUGAGUUGUUCCCCAAAAACACUUGGUCAGGGAGAGCAGAGGGCUCUGUCUCUGCCCCAUUUGCCUUGCACCCUGCGGUGCUGGAUGAGAGAAGGGAGCCCCAAAGGCUCCUCCUGGGCACAACCUCCCUGCUUCCCGCAGCCCUCUCUCCUCAGGGCCCAUCUGGUGAAGUCUGUCACAGGCUCUGCCCUGCAUCCAGCCCGCUCUGGUCAGCAGCCAAGGGCCCAGCAGUGUCCCUGCUGCUCUUUUCCCUCCCCCAGGGACAGGGGGGCGCAGGCUUUGAUGUGCGGGCACAGGGCUGGGGACAGGCUGUGUGUGCUCAUGAGAGCCUGGCCGGGCUCCAGCUGCCUUUGAAGUGCUCCAGUGAUCAGGAUGAAAGGGAGGGGAGUCCUUCCCCAAACCAUCUGGCUCUAAUUGCAGGUAGAAAUGCCUCUCCGCAUCCCCCGUGGGGAGGGGCACGCCGCGCUCUUCGUUAAUCUCGCCGCUCUCGUCUGGGCUGGUGCAGAGGGCGAGAGCUUGGGAACAAAAGGGGGUUUCAGCCGGGCAGCCAGAAAUAGACGCUGCUGGCAGAGAUGUUGGGGCUUCGGGCACCUCUGUGCCCCGUGUGGAGCCACAGGGCCCCAGGGGCCUUCCUAGAGACACCCGUGCCACGGGGGGGCUUUGCCAGUUGUUCCCAUCUCCAGUUUCCAUCCCUCUGCCUCACACCCUUCUGCACCAGCAUGGAGGUCUCUGCCUCGUCUGACCCCCGUGCUGCUGGGGACGAGGAGCUGCCACCGUCGGGCAAGACACGGGGCCUGCGGCGGAGCGGGCAGGCGGGCCCACGGCGGCACCGACGUCGUGGAGCUGCUCAGCAGGUGGCGAGGAGCCCGGCAGUGCCCCAGCCUGGUGGUGCCGGCCGGGAGGAGAGCCUGCCCUUCGUGCUGGACCUGCAGAGCUUGCCCGGGCUGGCCAACGUCGACCUGAGUGCCCAGAACCCCAACAUCCAGGUGACCAUUGAAGUAGUGGACGAUCCUCAGGCUGAGAUGGAGAUGGACUUGUUGAAGGAGACGAGCAAUGACUGGUCCUUGACAUCGUCUGAGUGGCUGUCCCACAAGGACCUCUUCUGGCCUCUUUUCUGGGAAUACACUGACCCCACUGAGGAAGAAGAGGAGGAGGAGGAAGAGGAGGAAGAGGAUGACAAUCUGGAUGUAGGGGACAGGGAGGAGGAGGAGGAAGAGGAAGAGGAGGAAGAAGAGGAGGAGGAGGAGGAGGAAGAUUACACAGCAGCAGACUAUGAGGAGGAGGAGUCCAUGCUCAGUGGAGUAGGAGGUGACUGGGACCAGCGGUGGGCUAGGCAGAAGAACUGGAUCUUUAAGGAAAAAUAUAAUUAUGACUAUGAAGAUGAGGAGGAAUGGAGCCCGUGGUCCCCUUGCAGCGUCACCUGUGGCAGCGGCAACCAGAAGAGGACCCGGUCCUGUGGCUAUGCCUGCACAGCAACAGAGUCAAGAACCUGUGACCUGCCACGCUGCCCUGGAGCAGAGGGAGAAAUGGUCUUCCCCACAGAGGAGACUCCUUUCAGAAGUGACAACACCACGGAGCUGUUCAACUCGGACGUGGACAGCUGCGAGAAGUGGCUGAACUGCAAGAGCGACUUCCUCACCAAGUACCUCAGCAAGGUGCUGACAGACCUGCCCAGCUGCCCCUGCUCCUACCCGCUGGAGGCCGUUUACAGCGCCGUCAACCUGCGGGAUGAGAGGCAGGGAAAGAGCUUCCGCUGGCGGGACGCCAGCGGCCCCAAGGAGCGCCUGGACAUCUACAAGCCGACGGCGCGCUUCUGCCUGCGCUCCAUGCUCUCGCUGGACAGCACGACGCUGGCGGCCCAGCACUGCUGCUAUGACGAGCACACCCGCCUCAUCACCCGGGGCAAGGGUGCUGGCGUCCCCAACCUCAUCAGCACUGAGUUCUCCCCAGAGCUGCACUACAAGGUGGACAUGCUGCCCUGGAUCCUCUGCAAGGGCGACUGGAGCCGGUACCAUGCCGUGCGGCCGCCCAACAAUGGGCAGCGGUGUGCCGACAACCCGGCCGAGGAGGAGUACCUCUCCCAGCUGCAGGAGGCCAAGGAGUACUAGCUGCAGCCAUGAUGGGAGGAGACACGAGGCCACGGGGCCACCGUGCACCUGGCUGCUGACAGGUCCUGCCCCAGUCCAUGCUGUGAGGGCUGGAACCAUCACUCGUGCAUCCUUUCUGAGCCCCAGUCCUGCUGGCAGGCUCUUUGUGGGGCUGCGAGGAGCACAAGGGUCUCGUCUCAAUUUGUGAAGGCACAGGAGUGUCACUGUGUCACCUCUGCUGUGCCACCUGGGGCAGGUCCCCCUCUGCUACUCACCUGUGGGCAGUGCAGAGCUGAGGUGCAGGGGGCAGGAGGUGGUGGCCAGUGUCAGGGGAAAAGGGCCUGCUUGCGAGCAGAGCUUGGGAGUAUGCAAGGCAAAAGGAUGGCUGUGUGGGCUCCCGUGGCAAGAUCACCUUGCCUCUGUGGUUUUAGCUGUCAAAGAGAGCACUCUGUGCCAGAUCUUGAAUGAAGGUGGACCUCAGAAGGAGAUCAUCAUGGGGAAAUGCCACAGGGCUGCACUGAACCCCCUCAGAGCUCAGGGGAGCAGGGUGGCAACACUGGUACAAGGCCCAUCACCAGCCCUGCUCUGCAUCUCGGCUCCCCAGUGGGUUUCCAUGCUUGGGAGUGACUGUAACAUGGCCCAGCAGAAAGUCCUACAUUUCCCUCCCACAGCAGCCAAGCCAUUGCUGGAGAGGAGCAAAAAUCACUGAGCCAAGUUCCUCAUGGCACAUGGGGACAAGUCACCACUGGGAGCACCCAGCAUUGUCCCCUUUCUAGUCUGCUGCUCACCUCUCAUCCUUCUCCAUGCUGUUUGCCCAAAUCCUCCACAAGAGGCAGCCCAGAGAAAGCAAGUCCUGGUCACAUCCUGCUGCUCUCCAGGCUUGCCAGGCAAGCAAACGUGGCUCCAAAUGAGCAAGGAACACAAUGGUUCAUAAUAUCAAUACACGGUGUCUACAGAUUGUGACACUCUCCACUGACACUUUGGUGUUGCCUGUUUUUUUCUUCCAGCUUUUCAUAGAUUCUUGGCAGUUUCUCCUAUUCUAUUUUGGGGUGCUUUCAAGCUCCCAAACUUCCCACAGAGAAACAGAAUUGAGCACUUUUAUCUCUGGACAUUCAGUAGUUGAACAUGGCUGAAGCUGUUCGCUGCUUUCAUUUAGCAAGCUUUAUGAAUCAGAGGAAAUAAAAGAGUAAGUCAAGCAACUGAAUGGAGUCAUUUCUAAACUAGAAGUUUCAACAAAGGCAGUUGUUUAUUCCAUGCCUUUUGUGCAGAACACUGUUAGACCAAAAAGUGUCUGUGUCAGUUCAGAUGGCCUUGGGUUGACUGCCCUGUCCUAAUUCUGUUCUUAUUUCAGUAGCCUUCUCCAGCACGAGAGAGCAUCCAUAGUCAGAGAGCUCCUUGGGCAGUCUUUUUAGGACUAUCUUAUAUAAAUUAAGUAUCUAUUGAUCCUUUCGUUUUGGUCACUAGUAGAAUACUGCAUCCAUGGUCAUCAGUACAUAGGACUUCAUUAUUGGCAGAACAAAAGUAUUAAUGAAGUUACUGCUGAGUUACUCUUGUUUAGCUAUUAUUCCAUACUCGUAGCCACCAAACCUGGUUAUGGGUACUAUCAAAACAUAAUCAGGUACAGCCCCUUUUCCAAAAUGCAUGCAAUCAAAAAUGACAAGUUAUUAUGUAAAAAACAAGAAGGAAGAUUAAAACCAAAUGGGCAUGAAUGGUGACCCAGACCCUGGUAAAUUUUCAUUACCAUUACAUUCUCCCUAUAAAAAGUGGUCAUUAGCUCCCUAGCUUCUUAUAAAGAGUUCACGAGGAGGUGGGCAAGAGGGGUUGGCAGUGAUAAUGGCAGGUGGGUUCUGGGAGCCUGGGACUUGCAAGGAGGCUCACCAGCAGACACUGGGGUGUUUGUACUGGAAGCAAACAAAUCAAGUGGCUGAGGCUGUGGAAGGACGAGCUUGUUGCCUUCUGUCAUCCAGCAGAGCAUCUCCUCCCAUACCGCAGAUCACCACAAACAUCAGAGGACUCUCAGAGAAGUUUAUUUACCACCAGAGCCCUUUGUAAAACAACCACCUGUAUGUUCCUAGUGACCAGUACUAGACCCACACAUGGAAGCAGUGCCUGUGCAAACAAUCUUUCUUGAAAGAGGCUUUCAGUAGCUCAGCCAAUUUGUUAGACUGGCUGGUCGCUGAGGAAGUGCUCUUAUAAUAAGGACUGUUACCCAGGAAUUGCAUCCUCCCCCUUUUAAUACUGGGAACAUCAACCAGUCUAACCCCCCAAAAAUGAACCUAUAAUUUCUGUAAUAAAUGUAGUUCCUGUCCAAGGGCAAGUAGAAACAUUUCUUGCGUUAAGUCCCCACUAAAAUCUGAAAGCCAAGUGGCUAUUCUGCCUGGCUGCCCUUAUGGUCUGGAAGAUAUAGACAUGACCUGGAGCAUGAGAAACAAGAAGCAGCGUUGUUCCUCACACAAGCACCUUACACAGCAGGAGGCUUUGCAGAGCACCAUAAGAAAAGUAGACAUUAAGUAAGCAUUUAUUUUUAUAUGCCAUCAAAGAUUCUGUCCAGCUCAUUGCUAUUUAAAUAAUGAAUCUCUUAACUUCCCUUCCCUAAAUUUAUUGUGUUUUUAAUAUAAUAUAUAUAUAAUUUUUUAAUUUCUACAAAAUUUGAUAGAGAGUUCUUUAUUCUGACUGCAAUAAAGCACUUUAUACAUGAAUGUGUUGCUGAUGUCAUUCAGUUAGGACUGAAGUUUAUGUUGCCAGAACAUUUUGUUUUGUUUGAGCGUGACGACACUUCACUGAGCGCUGCAUGCUGUGGGUCCCUGGCCACAGCUCUAUUGCAAGGAACCUGGUGACUUUGCUUCCUUAACUUGAAUUUGGUGGUGUCAGGCACACUUGGAAGAGCAGAGAUGCGUGCAGCCUCUUCUGAAUGUUGCAGACAGCGAUUUCCAGCUGAUCACAAAUGCUCGAAGGAAUCUGAUUUUCCUGACCUGAUGGCAUUCUGAUGCUCCCAUUUCCAAGAAGAAGAAGGCAUGGCAGCAGAGGGAUGCAAAGCAGGACACUUUCAAACGCUUUCAUAACUGUGAUUUAAGUCCCAACUCUUGAACUGUGAGGUGUUACAAAAAGUUCAGAGCUCGUGUUUUUUACAAGCUUUGUCCAUCCCCAGGGUGUUAUAUUAUGUGGUUCCUUUGUAUACGCUAUUUAUUGUCUGUGACAAUUGUGGCAGCUGGAGAACAGGGGUGAGUGAUGCUGUGGACGGGGACCUUGUGUAUGUGCAUGAACAUGUGCGUAACUGAAUGUAGAGGCUUUGUCCAUCCAGCUGUUCCCCUACCCCCAAACAAACAAACAAACAAACA